CCUCCGUUGCCGCCCCGGCUCAGUGCGGUGAAUUACACCGGUACGCAGGCUACAUAUGCCACGGUUACUAUAAUUUAGGAUGAACUAACCGUCAUCUUUUGUCUCCACUGCGCUGCUUGACAUUUUGUCUUAUUCAACCAUUUUUUUUUCUUCUUCUCUGUAGUGAGUCAGUUACAGUGGGCAGGGACAAACACACAACAGUAAUGAGCCUCCCGGUUCCGUUAGUUGUAGAAGCUAUACACACUCACAUUUAUGAGGAGCCGUUCAUUUAUGAAUUCCCUGCUCGGAGCUUAUAGGAGGAGCCCGUUCAUAUUGAUGCACAGGCUGAAGAUCACAUCCACCGGUGGUAGUCAUCCAUAUUUUUUUGUGAAGCAUUCAUCACUGUUGGUGGAGGCAGGAGAGGGAGGAGUGCGAGCGGUCACAGCGCAGCAUCUUAAAGGACCACAGCAUCUUAAAGGACCAGAGCAUCGCCCAGGCUAUGGAGAUCUCGUGAUGACACACUGCUGCCGCUGACCGGAAUCCCCACGGCGAUGGAGGCAGCCAGCUUCGACCAUGGCCGUGUUGGAUUACGCUGCCCGACCCAGACCGUUUCUCUGUGAGUUGAAGAGGAGAAAGCGACUACUAGCCAGCCCUGGACACUCCUUAAGCCUUGUGAUCUCCCUUUCCUGGUGAAUGAGCCAGAUGCUAACAGGGCUCAACCCCUCUUCCUAGCCAGCCGUCCUCCUCCUGGGUCUUUUCUUCUCUCCUACUGUACGCACCAGUCAUGGAUCUCCUGUGGUUGCUGUCACUGUCCAUGUUGACGGCGUGCGUCGCCAUCCCCAUGGAUGUGGCAGAGGGGAGCCACAGUCUGUUCACCUGCGAGCCCAUAACCCUGCGCAUGUGCCAGGGGCUGCCUUACAACUCCACGUACAUGCCCAACAUACUGAAUCAUUACGACCAGCAAACUGCUGCCCUUGCCAUGGAGCCGUUCCAUCCCAUGGUGAACCUGCAGUGCUCUCCGGAGCUCAGGAUGUUCCUGUGCGCGCUCUACGCCCCGGUGUGUACCGAGUACGGGCGGAUGACGCUGCCCUGCCGCCGCCUCUGUCUGCAGGCCAAGAGCGACUGCUACAAACUAAUGGACAUGUUUGGUGUCAGCUGGCCGCAGGAGAUGGACUGCGACAGAUUCCCAGACUGUGACGAGCCUUACCCCCGUCCCGUGGACCUCCUCUCCAGUUCAGACACAACCGAAUCGCCCGUUGCCGUCCAGCGGGACUACGGCUUCUGGUGUCCCAGAGAGCUCAAAAUCGACCCAGAGCUCAGCUACUCCUUCAUGGGGAUCCGCGACUGCUCUCCCCCCUGUCCCAACAUGUACUUCACGCGCGAGGAGCUGACGUUCGCACGCUACUUCAUCGGGGUGGUGUCCAUCGUCUGUCUGUCCGCCACCCUCUUCACCUUCCUGACCUUCCUCAUCGAUGUGUCGCGAUUCCGCUACCCAGAGCGUCCAAUCAUAUUCUAUGCUGUGUGCUACAUGAUGGUGUCUCUAGUGUUCUUCCUGGGCUUUCUCUUGGAGGACAAAGUUUCCUGUAACUCAGCAAGUCCUGGGAGGUUUAGGGCUUCAACAGUGACCCAAGGCUCCCAUAAUAAGGCCUGCACCCUUCUCUUCAUGGUGCUGUAUUUCUUCACCAUGGCCGGCAGUGUCUGGUGGGUCAUUCUGACCAUCACCUGGUUCCUGGCUGCUGUUCCCAAGUGGGGCAGUGAGGCAAUAGAGAAGAAGGCCCUCCUCUUCCACGCCUGUGCCUGGGGCAUCCCCGGCGUCCUCACAGUUAGCCUGCUCGCCAUGAACAAGAUUGAGGGCGACAGUGUCAGCGGGGUUUGCUUUGUGGGGCUUUACAACCUGACGGCCCUGCGCUGGUUCCUGCUGGCCCCACUGGGGUUGGACGUAGUGGUUGGUGUGGCGCUGCUGCUGGCAGGCAUAGCAGCACUAAACCGAGUGCGCAUGGAGAUUCCGCUGGAGAAGGAGAACCAGGAGAAACUGGUGAAGUUCAUGAUCCGUAUUGGCGUGUUCUCUGUGCUCUACCUAGUCCCUCUGCUGGCCGUUCUGGCCUGCUACCUUUAUGAGAACAGCUACCGUGCCAUCUGGGAGACCACCUGGGUCCAGGAGAGGUGUCGAGAUUAUCACAUCCCCUGCCCCUACCAGGUGGAGCGCACCAGUCGCCCUGACCUUGCUGUGUUCCUGGUUAAGUACGUGAUGAUGCUGAUCGUAGGGAUCCCGUCGGUGUUCUGGGUGGCCAGUAAGAAGACCUGCUUCGAGUGGGCCAGCUUCUUCCACGGCAAGAGACGCAAAGACAGGAUGGUCAACGAGAGCCGACAGGUGCUCCAGGAGCCCGACUUCGCCCAGCUGCUGCUCAGGGACCCCAACGCGCCCAUCGCGAGGAAGUCCCGGGGCACGUCCACCCAGGGGACCUCCACCCACGCCUCGUCCACCCACCUGGCCAUGCUGGACGAGCCGCCCAGCGGCAGCACCAGCCGGGCCGGCUCGGUCCGCAGCGCACGCUCCAAGAUGAGCAGCUACCACGGCAGCCUGCACCGCUCGCGGGACGGCAGGUACACGGGCUCCAGUUUCCGGGCCGUGGACGACCGGCUGCCCUACGGAAGCAUGUCCCGCCUCAACGACCAGUCCAGACACUGUAGCACCAAUCGCCUGGACAACCUAUCGUGCCACGGCUCCACCCAACGACUGGAGAGCCAAUCACGGCACAGCAGCGUCAGGGACCUCACCAGCACCACCCAAGCUGUCCUCGGUAUCCCCGGCAACGGGAUUCACCGAGUCCUGGAGGAGGACGGAGCUACAGUCUGAACGGGACGGCGGCCACCCUGGCAGGUGUGACCGGACGGGUAGAAGGGAAAGGAGGAAAGACGGCUCAUCUUUCUUUUCAUCGAACGCUGAAGAACGAAUGGGGGAGUGCUCACAGUGAGCCUGACACUGUGCCAUCUACUCCUGUUGAACUGAUGACGGUGGCUAGAUCCAGCCAGGCUGACGGGACUCAGCGUGGAUUGAGGCCUUAAAAAUGUCCUCUCAGCUUUACUCGACCCACUAGCUGAUCCCAAAAACUCAAGUUCUAAACGACUGUUUUCCAGUUUACAAAAGUACGAGGGGUUUUGAGGUCCUGAUAACCAACACCGGAACGACGACGAGGCUUCACUGAGCCAGUCCAAAACUAAACGGGACCAACACUGACUGACUGCACUGGAUUGCUUUUUAUCUGUACUGUAGUGGUUUGUAAAAAAAUAAGGACUGAAUGACAUUACUAGAGUCUUCUCUUCUAGUCUGUGCUUUUUAUUUUUUAUUUUAGCACUCGGGAGUGUGGAGCAGGGUUUUAUUUUUUGAUUUCUUCUAAAAAAGGUGCACUGGCUACAUAUGAACUAUUUUGCGCCUCUUCAGCUACUGACGUCUCUAUUAUUUUUUAGCGUCAAAUACAAUUCUGGUAACUUGACCUGCUAAAAAAAAAAAAAAAAAAAAAAAAAAGAAAAGCAGCGUAGGACUUUGGAACUUUACAAACCUCAUCUCAUUUUAAAAAGCGUUUUGUCAUACUGAGGGACCUCACUGCCUUGGUGCUGAUGAUGUUCGUUAAUGAUAAAGAGGAAAAAUGUCUGCUUGCCAGAAUUCAAGGGCUCACAUA